AUGUCAAAGUUGGAGAAGAUAAAGGCGGAAAAUCAGCGUUCAUCGCGAUCAGUUAAACGAUGGGCGAAUUACCGUGCGAUUGGUGGAAGCAUUCCAGGCACGCGAUUUUUGCCUUUCAAAACUCCUUUGCAUUCCCACUUUUUCAACCAGAAAUCAAAUAUUGGUCCGGCGCAAUUUUUCGGAGUUAAAACAUUGGUUCAUUACGUAGAACAGCUCGGUAAAAAGAUAGGUCUUAUAAUCGACUUGACAGCUACUAAACGAUAUUAUAAUUCUGAAGAAUGGUCUCAUUUGGGUAUUGAAUACGUGAAAAUAGAAUGUCGAGGGAAUCAUAUACACAGACAGCGUGAAAAUUUCGAACAUUUUGUUAAAAUAGUUAACGAUUUCUUACAAAGGAAUAUUGAUAACGAGAACCUGAUAGGUGUUCAUUGCACUCAUGGUGUAAAUCGGACAGGAUAUGUGAUAUGUAAGUAUCUAAUCGAACAAAAUGGUUGGAACGCCGAUGAUGCUAUCAGUGGUUUCUUUUAUUGA